GAAGAGCACGAUGUUCCAGCUGCAUCUUCCAACCCGCAAGAACGUGAUAGGUAUCAUGCGGAUAGUAAUUAUGACCACGCGGUCAGUAGAUCAAGGUACGAGGUGGACACGUCAUCGGGGCAUCGUGACUUCUCCUCUGCAUCCAGGGUGCAUCACCAGUACGACGAGGACGAUGCACGCGCCGAACGUGGUACUACUACCAGACAGCCGC